CGAGCGGCUACCGGCCCAACCCACCCGGGGUGGCUGUGGCCGGGUUGGCUGCGGGACUGCGGCGACCCUGGUGUUCCAGCGCGGUCAGAAGGGUCAUCAUUGUGAACAUCCAUUGUUUGCCUGUACCUCCAUAGUGUUCAUUGAAGCUUCCCCUUCUCCUUUGCUUAACAGUGUGUGUUUAAAAACUUAGCCCACCAUGCUUUCCUGUUUUUACUCUGCUACUAGUUGGCUGGUUAAACAUCAGGGGUGAAGACUGAGCAUGCUCAGCCUGGCUUCACAGACUAACGUUCACGCCAGUAGAUUUCCCCCAGCCCUCUGCAGGUGAUUAGUUUCCAAGUAUUUAAGCUGCAUGUGAGUAGAAGCACAAUGAGAGCCAGUCAGAAGGACUUUGAAAAUUCAGUGAAUCGAGUGAAACUGUUGAAGAAGGAUCCAGGAAAUGAAGCGAAGCUAAAACUCUAUGCCCUAUGUAAGCAGGCAACUGAAGGACCUUGUAAUACACCCAAACCAAGUGUUUUUGACUUGAUCAAUAAGGCUAAGUGGGACGCAUGGAAUUCUCUUGGCAGCCUGUCCAAGGAAACUGCCAGGCAGAACUAUGUGGAUAUGGUGUCCAGUCUGAACUCUUCUUCUGAAUCUUCUAGCCAAAUAAAGCCUGGAGCCGACGGGGAACAACCGGGAUAUGAAACCCUGGUGGUGACCUCUCAAGAUGGCAUCACAAAGAUCAUGUUGAACCGGCCCACCAAAAAGAAUGCCAUCAGCACUCAGGAACCACCUUUUCCUCUGAGGCACAAUGCUUACAGAAGUCAUCUCACCUCCUCACCUUCUAUGGUGCUCGAUCCGUCGCCACCCAGCUCCUGCUCUGACCCGACUAACGACUAUGCUGCCACUGGUCCCCAGUGACCUCUGCCUUGCCCGAUCCCACGAUCCCACAGACACUUUCGAUCCUCAUCACACUAGACUCCUGCUGCAUUGUUUAUCACUCCCUCCUUUUUGAAAUGUUCAGUUUUCUUCAUUUUUGCUACUACUACAUGUGUAGAAAAGAGCUGACAUUGCAGGUCUGACUGCUCUCCUUUGAAAGGCCUGCGCAAAAGGCUGGUCCCUGGCUGGUGUCUGGGAACUUGGAUUUCAGAGGGUUUCCUCCCACGCUGAUAGAUUGGCUCACUGGAACCCAACUGUGCUAAUGGGGUGUAUACUGAACACCUGUUUUUCUCCUGGGAGUUUUAUACUUGUCAUAACUCAUUCCUAGAAGACUUAAGCCCAUCCUGUGUGAUUCCACUGGGAAAAGACUCUUAACAGUGUGGGUCUGGUUUCCUCUGGGCUGUGGCUCACACGCCUUUUCUCUCUGCUGAUUCUGAUGUGUGAAUCUUCCUAGUGAGUCACUGACUCUGGUGAUGGCCUCAGAGAUCCUUGACCCAUUACAGACAUCUCCUACCUCUACGACUGCUCCUUCUUCAACAAGAAGCCCUACAGGAUCUUCUGAAAUAUUGACAUCCCCUGGGGUUCCAACUUCAGUCUACUACUCUGUUCCCUAAACCAAUCCCCCUGUACAGAAAUCACCCACCUCAUGAUUUUAAACUACUGUCUGUGUGAAUAACUUCCAGAUCUAUACGUUCAUGACUGAACUGACCUUUACGCUUCAGAUUCUUAUAUCCAACUUACUGCAGAACUGCUGCAAAGGCACCUCAAACUUAACUUGUACAAAAUAAACCCACCAUCGUUUCUUGUCUUCCAUUAUCUGUUCUGCACUCCCCUUCUCCUCUAUUAUCUAUUUAUUCUGUUCCUCCUGAUUUCUCUAACUCAGUUAAUGGCAAGAAUACCAUGCAGCCUCCCAAACCAGAUGGUUGGGAAUCAAUCCUACCCUUCCAUCAACCUACCAGUUCAAAUACUACUCAUUCUUCUUCCUAAGUAUUUACUGAAAUCUUUUCCUCCUUCUUCCCAACUACCAUCGGACUCGUUUUGGACCCUACAACUCAUUAAACUCUUGCAACAUCUCCUCCUGACUGA